AUAUAUAUAUAUAUAUAUAUGUAUGUCUGUCAGGAAAAAAAGUACUUCUACUUUUUUUAACUCUUUCAACGCCAUUGACGAGAUAUCUCGUCAAUUAAGAGACAACGCUUCCCCGCCAUUGACAAGUUUUUACGGCAAUCCGUGUUCUAGGUGUAUUAUGGUAAGGAAAGCCCUAGCGCAUGUCCUGAAUGAGUUACGGGACUUCCGGGUCUUUAGGGUGCGAAUAGAAGACGAUCGGCAUACAUGGAAGGAUCAGAGAAAAUGUAGAUCAUAUAUAGAUCAUAGCCUAUGUAGAUCAUGCUUUGACCAUUUUGAAUCUGAUCGGGAUGAUGUAGUCAGUGAGAGAGAUGCAUUUACAGACACAGAAACAUCUGUAGUUAUAACCGAUCCGUCGAUCUGAAUAGGGGUGUGUGUGUGGUGUGUGUGUGUGGGCUCUAUCUAUCUAUCUAUCUAUCUAUCUAUCUAUCUAUCUAUCUAUCUAUCUAUCUAUCUGUCUGUCUGUCUGUACAGUAUAUGUAUGCAUAUGUAUGUAUGUAGCCUGUGUGUGUGUAUAAUCAUAUGUAUGUGUAUGUUUGUGUGUGUGUGUGCACGUGUUUGUGUGGACGUGUGUGUGUGUGUGUGCAUGUACAGUAUAUGUAUGCAUAUGUAUGUAUGUAGCCUGUGUGUGUGUGUAUAUAAUCAUACAGUAUGUAUGUAUAUGUUUGUGUGUGUGUGUGUGUCUGUUUGUUCUGUUUAUUGAAUGCAAUUUAAAUUAUUCAUAUAAUUAUUUACAGGUGAAAGAAUAUGACAUCUGAAUGUAUUUUGCAUUAAAAUGCACUACUUUGAUAAAAAUGCAUUUUUCUCAGUUUUUUGUCCAAAAUGUUGUAUUUUUGAUGGUACCCACCUGUAUUCAAAUGGUCAUAAAACAUGAACACAUGAAGAUAGAAUAAAAUAGUUUGUUUUUGUUUAAAAGCUGAGGCUUUGUUCAAUAUUUUGAUAUAUAAUAUGUUCUUAUAUUCAUAGCAGAAAAUAUUCUGAGGGCCGUCAAAGUUAGGUGAAAAUCAUCAAAAACGCUGGCGGUGGCUGGAAACUUUUUAAAAAAACGGUACAAGAGUUAAUACUUGAGUACAAUUUAAAGUUGUACUUUUUUUUACUUUUACUCAAGUAUGUUUUUGGCCAGAUACUAAGCAGCAGAGAAGAGCAGCAUGCCCCUUUAAUGCAGUACAGCAUAUCAGGGGUGCAAACUUGUCACCUUUCGGCGAAAUUCGCCGUUUUCACCUUGAAAUAGGUCAUUCACGUGAAUCGUGUAGAUCUGUUAAAAAAAAAAACAAUUGGGGGGGUUGGGGGGAUUGGGUGUGGGUCGUCGUAUCUGCGAGUCAUCUGUGUCACGUCACCUGUAGCGUUUCUUUCCCUGUUGGCAAAGGAAUGGACCCGCCCUACUCUGCCUCUGAUUGGCUUACCUUAAAUGUUCUUUCCCUCAUUGAACCAAUCUCACUCCUGAAGCCUAACUUUUAGACGCUGCAGGCAACUGUCCAUAUUUCCAGAGGCUACGUAAAACGUGAAGGAACAAGCUAACGGUAAGCAACUUAUUUUUGAAGUAAUUGGGCUAUGUUGAUGGUUAGAUUAGCCUGUCUGUAGCUAGCUAAAUUAAGUUUGCUGUAGAGCAGGAUGGAAUGCAUUUGUACCUGCUGUAAAUUAUUGUGUUCCAGUUUACAUGGUGAUUACCGCGUGAGGCUGCUGUUUUUUUUUUUUUUUUGCGUGAGGCUGCUGUUGCGAUAGCCAUGAAGUUGUAAGUUACGUUAUCGCUACAUUAAUUCGCUACCCUUUGCAAAAAUGCUCCUCAGUCUCAAUCUUAACAUUUGCGCUAAGCCAUAGCUAAGUGUCAGCCUGUAACAGCCUGUUUCAAGAUGGAGAAACACCUCGCGUUUAGCCCGUCAGCUGCUUCAAAAAUUUGAGUGCUGAAAUGAAGAUUUACAGUGGUUUAUUUGCCCUGACUAAGUUUAUGUAACAUCUUAACAACAAUUCUUGUUGAUUGUAGACCAUAGUUGUCGCUCAAACGUCUUUUAAUCAUAUAAAAGGUGUUUAUCCUUGAAUGGUGCACUGCAAAAAAUGCUUUCCUACUUAGUGUUUGUCUUGUUUCUAGUCCAAAUAUCUAAAAAUUCUUAAAUCAUUUUUACAAUUAUUGUAAAAAUUAUUGUCUUGUUUUCAGAAAAAAAUAAAUCAAAAUUAAGUAAGUUUUUCCUUAAAACAAGCAAAAUAAUCUGCCAAUGGGGUAAGCAAAAUAAUCUUAUUUCAAACUGAAAACAAGAUUAUUUUGACACUUGAUUUUUUUUCGAAAAAAAAAAAAAAUAUGAUUUGAUUUAAGAAUUAUUAGAUAUUUGGACUGGAAACAAGACAAAAAAUGUAAGAAAAGCAUUUUUUGCAGUGUGUAACAUAUUCUCCCUAUAAAGCAGAUUGACUUGCCAUUGUGUGAAAUGUGCUAUGUGAAUUAACUUUGCACUGAUGAGUUUGCACCCCUCCAUAAGCUUGAUAAACUGUAAGCAUUUACGCUUACCUACAAAACACCCACUGGCUCCACACCCCUUUAUCUAAAUUAACUACUUCAGAUGUAUGUGCCCCCCAGAAGCUUGCGUUCUGCUAGUCAACAGUGCAUUAUAGUGCCAUCCCAACGAAGCACAAAAUCACUUUUCACAGACUUUUUCACAGACAGUUCCCUGCUGGUGGAAUGACCUGCCGAGCAGAACUCGAGCUAAGCAGAGCUCGAUCCAAGCAGCUGAGUCUUUAGCCAUCUUCAAGAAACAGCUAAAGACACAUCUCCUUCGUCUACACUUGACCUUCUAACACUAGCGCUCUCUGUUCUAUUUCUAUUUUAUCUACUUGUUUUAUUUUUAUUUAUUUAUUAAAAAAAGUAAACAAACAAAAACUUGACGCUUUAAUGCUAGCGUUCUCUAUUCCUUUUCUAUUUACUUAUUUUGAUUUCGAUCUAUCUGUCUUUAUCUAUUUAUCUAUCUAUCUAUCUAUCUGAAGAAGUACUGAUUAUGUGCUUUAUUUAGUGUUAAAUGUUAAUGUGCGUUUGAAAAUUAUUUUGUGACCUUUAUAGCCAUACUGCCAAAACUGUGAACUCAGUGGGAACCAACAAGUGAAUUCCAUGACAAAGAUUGUAUCAAUCACUCUGGGUUUUUCAUCAUUUUAAAAUGGUUUAAUAAGUAAGGAAUAAGUGACGAUGCGCCGUUGAAUUAUUAGAAAAUAAUGCUCAAUGAGAAGCGGAGUGGUGGUUAAACCUCGUGUGUGCAUUAUUUGUUAUUCCCCAUUUACUUGUUCUAUUUUUAAUUCUUCUUUUUAUCAUCUGUGUUUUUGUUCUGUCACUGUCACUCUGCGCUGUGGAAGUUUCUGUCACAAAAACAAAUUCCCCGUAUGUGUAAACAUACCUGGCAAUAAAGCUCAUUCUGAUUCUGUAAUAAUUAAACGGACCUAAAUUGUACUAUGGUUACCACACGAGACAUUGUUUAUAAGGAUGCACAAUAUUUUGCAUGCGAUUGUCAUACAUUAAAUGCCGCUCCAUUUGAAAACAGGUGAUGGAGAUUUAGUAAUAAUCACAUAACCGGCUUUACUGACGAGAUGCGCAUGACAAUCGCAUGCGUUAUAUUGUGCAGCCCUAAUUGUUUAGAUGUUAUAUUUUUAGGGCUGCCCUCGACUAAAGAUUUUCAUGGUUGACUAGUAGUCGUUCAUUUUAAGCAUUAGUCGACUAAUCGCACAUUUAUUAAUUUAAAUAAUUUAAAUCAUUAUAAUGAGCCUUUAAUUGCCUACAUAGCCUAUAAGCGCUCAAGCAAACGCAUAAAGCUUGCCACAGCGCACCACAGAAGCUAAUGAUUAUGAAUGUGUCAGGGAAAAACAGUAAGGAGACUGUAUUAACUUUUUAAUAAUUCAUUGAUCAACUAGUGCUUUCUUUGUUUUCGGUUUAAGAGAUGAAGUCAGCGACACUGACUCGUCAUCUCCACAGUAGUGACUGUGCCUUUGUGCAUGUUUCAUGCAGAUUACAUCAUCGGAGAUUAUUUGUUUUCCAUUUGAAUUGGUUUAUUUUAAAGUAGACCUUUCACUCUCUAUAGAUAUUUUUUUUAUGUCUGUAAGCAGGGCCUAAAACUUUUUGCCACACCUGCUAAUGGCCGGUGACGAUAAAAUUUACCGGCCAAAAUAUUUUUUUACCGGCCAUGAAACUCUUUUUGCAAAAACAGGCAGUCAUUACUACUACAAUGACUAAACAUAUUUACAAUUUUUUAAAUUUGUCCUUUACUUUACUUACAAGAAAAAAAACAAACAGAUUUAUUGAUUUAUCUUUUCUUUUUUUUUUUUUUUGUCCCUCAAAAACGUUGAGAUUCUUGUUCGGCAAACAGAGCAGGCCAUCGUGUUAUGCCUGUUUCACACACACUCAGUUUGCAGUGCGAAUGUGGUGCGUAUUUUUUCCACACCCAUGUUUACUCAACAUUAGCUUCACUUGAGGGUCAUAUUGAAUUUAAAAUUCAAGGGGGUAGGAGCCGUCCCAAUCUCUUUUUGGGGGGACCUAUAAAAUUUGAAAUUAAAUUGAAAUCUAAAAUCUAUAAAAGGUUAACAUUAGUGCUUUCUGUCAAUCGAUAAAAUUAAUUAAUCAUUGUAAUUAAUCGCAUAUUUAUAUUGUCAUAAUUUCACAUUGAACCUCCAAAUUAAUGUAGAAACAACAUAAAGAUAGUAUAUUUUAAAUAUGUUUUUAAUGGCAUCUUUUUACUAAGUAGCCUAUUAUUAAUGAAGUAUUGAUACCAAUACUGCUACUGCAUGGUGUCUCUAUUAAAUGCAUUUUCCCUCAAUUUUCCUAUUAAUUAUAGCCAUUCAACAUAACAGUAUAAUUGAAAGCCAUUAUUUUUUACAUUUAAUAAGCUCUGAAAUAUUAAGUGAUUUUAAAACAAUCUUCACAUAAUAAUAUGCACAAUAAUUGCAUAUGCGUAAACUAUACAGAUUAAUCUGUAUUAAUCAGCGACUAGAGCAGUCGAAUGAUUUCUCUUUUUCUUUUGUUCCUUGAUUUACAUCAAUGACAGACCUCAGCUGUCACUGUCUCUUUAAAACCUGAUGCACAUGACACGGAUCUGACACAUAUCCUAUUUUCUCCAAACUCUUUAUGGUCAUUUAUAUGACUUUAUAACACAUUUAAGACUUCGUUUACGAGGUAACUGGCCAAAACCACGUAUUUUGACAUAAUUGUGUGUGUUUUCAUUCGUUGAAGCGCUACUGGUGCGCUGUGUACUGCGGCUCGGUGUAUGUGUACAGACCAUGGUACAGCCAAACGUAGCCUACUGCACCAUUUAGGCGGCGUAACCCCAGGUAGGGUUAAUCUUCCGAAAUGAAGCAGCAAUAUCUUCUCAGGUAAAAGUUGUUAGAACCAUGUCUAGGGACAAGCUGGCCAUCACACUGCUGCUGACCUUAUCAGCCCAUUUGUAUCCUAUUAUUUGAUUCACUCUUGUCGCUUAUAACAGAACAGCUAACCAAUCACGAUGAGCUCAUCUUCGGAAAAUGAGUGAAAAAAUUAUUUUAUUCACUUGCAUCAGAAACAGUGAAUCCCUUUUAAACCUGGCAGUUGUUUUCACUACAUUGCAUUGCUAUAUUUUGGAAAAGUUUUACCCGCCAACUGGCGACUGACACUGUUACAUUUACUCGCCAACGUCAAUUUUUACUCGCAUUUGGCGCUUGGCGAGUGUUAAUUUUAGGCCCUGUCUGUGAGGCAAACAUUCACGGAGUUUCGCGCUCAAGUUUUUGUUCUGGGAAAAAAUACGGCAGAAAGCGCAUCCUGUUGCUUUCAUUAUUUUACAAAAGCACAAUGUUUUUUUGUUAUUGUGAGUGCACACAAAUAAACGUAGAGUCUUUAUAAAUUCGAAAGAUGUAUUUCUCUUAUAUGUAUAAGCAAAAAUUAGGAAGUAUUUUAGGAGUAAGUAAGCGCACCGGUGCCUCUAUCUGUCCUGCAGUGAGCGCGCUACUGGUCAGCUUCCACACUCCGCACAGACACUUCAAUAGCGCAUAUUUCUCUAGGUUAACUUUAAAGCGAGUGGCCAUGUAAAGUUGCUAAUACUUACAUCUUUCAGAUGAAAAACCACAUUUGAGGUCGAUGAAUGAUAGGCAAGCAUUUUGGAUGUCCUGCCCGAUGUACUGAAUUACCAUAGACCAGCCGUUAACAAUCUGCGUGACUUCACCUGUGGAUUUUUUUUUUCUGCGACUAAGUGACCAAGCCUCUUCUGGUCGACUAACGGUUAGUCGACUAUUAGGGGGCAGCCCUAUAUAUUUUAAUACAUUCGUCAGGUUUUUGUCCUUAAAACACUCUUGUGCAUUUGAUUAUUUUCUUACACAUAUCAUCCCACUCUUCCGUUGCUAAUUCCGAGAGAGAGAGCGAUUAAGCAUGUGUGAAUUACCUUAGAAUUAUCUCUGUGCAUCUCGCAGCAGUCUCCACUAAUAACACAAAUCUGUAAGUUCAUCUGCUUCAAAAAUGCCAUUAUUACCUCGCUAGUGAGAAAUGACAAGUAGCUUUUAAGUUGCUAAACUAUUUUACUGAUAAAAUUGUCAGAGCAGCACUGUCAAUAUGUUUCUGUGUGGGUGUGUCUGUAGUAGGGCCGCACAAUAUAUCGCAUGUGAUAUUUAAUGCGCAUCUCGUCAGUAAAGCCGGUUCUGUAAUCAGCGGUAAUUUACUUCACGUGUGUGAUUUCACAUGGAGCAGCAAUUACUACACAGCGCCGCUGUUCACUGACAGGCUGUGCAAAUCCACAUUGAUAAUGAACGUGGAUUUGCGCAGCUUGUCAGUGAACAACGGUUCUGUGUUUUUGAGAAACAAAGGACAAAUAUUUAAUUCGAUCGCUCAGGCAUGACACCGAAAUGAGGCACCAAAAUCUGCGUUCUGAUUCAGUUCUAGUACAUAUGGUUACAUAGGUACCGGUGCCAUACUGGACACACACAAAACAUCCAAAAGAACCACGUGGCACAGCCCAAAUGGAGAGCAUCAUAAUCAGAUAGACUACAUCAUGGUGCAGAGGCGCUUCUGGUCCAGUGUAAACAUUGCCAGAACACGAAGCUUCCCAGGAGCUGACAUCGGAAGUGAUCACGAUCAAAUUCGACCUUGAAAAGCUGAAAGACCGCAAAGUAGCACAAGUCUUCCAAGCAAUGAUAGGAGGGAAAUUUGCAGUGCUCAAUAUUCUAGAUGCUGAUGGCACAAACAGACACAGUGGUGGAUAACUUCAACACAGCAGUGUUUGACUCAGCCAAUGAAAUCUUUGGCGAAUAUCGCCCUGUCAAGAAGCCCUGGGUCACAGCUGAUAUACUUGAUUAUGCGACAAGCGUAGGGAGCUGAAGAAGAUGGAAGAUGCAGAAGGAGCAAAGCAAUAAAAAGCAGUUAAUCAGGCAAUCAAGAAAGGCUUGAUAAAAGCAAAGGAGAACUGGAUUGAAGAGCGGUGCCAGGACAUUGAAGAUAGCCUGAAGAAGAAUAACAGCAAGAAAGCAUACCAUCUGGUGAAAGACCUGACCAACACAAAGCAAGGCCGAACACCAACCAUACAAGACAAGGAUGGUAAUUGACCAUUCGCAAAGACCCGCCCCCUUAGUUACUGUUGCUAUCCCCAACAAACAAUGCUGCUCUCACACUACACAUCAUGUUCUCACGCAGUGAAAAAUGCAUCGCAGUGCAAAGAGGAAACUGACAACGUGCAGAUAGACAAUACAGAGCAGGUUACUUCUGGUAUGAAACAAGGUCUCAGGACUCUCAGUUUUAAAAUUGUCAUUUUUAAAGAAAUUCAAACAAUAAAUAAUGUUUCAUGAGUUCAUAUUUACAUAUAGUUAGCUGGAAUAUAGUAAUGCGUAUUUGGUGUGCUGCCCGGGAAGGGCUCAGAGCUCGGGAAUGGCCCGAACCCAGAGUACCUCACAAAAAGCAAUUGAGUGUAGGACAGCCGCCAGACUAAAGAACCCCCCCAAAAUACGCACUGAGAUCUGGCAGGGGGCUGGUUUCAAGAAGCCGCCUGUUUGGUGGGCCGGAAGAGCCUACGUGCCCAGCUACGAGCCGGGAGAACUCUCGCCAACAUCUGACGAGAGAUCAAGGCUCACUGCAUCAGACGGGUAAGCCUUACCGGGCGGGUAGAGAGAAAAGGAAAACCUGACUGGGAGGGCUCUUACAGCAUCCAAUGGGAGAUCGAGACUCAGGACAUCGAACGGGUAAGCCUCGCUAGGUGGGGGGAAAAGAUGUGAGGUUUGGCUGAGAGGGUUCGGAUAGUGUUCGGCGGGAGGUUGAAACCCAUGGCUUCGGACGGCUGAGCCUUGCCGACCGUCCGACGGAAAGGUAAAGUUGGGUGGCUGGGAGACUCUCACCGACAUCCGACGGGAGGUCAAUACUCACUGCAUUGGAUGGUUGAAAGGCCAAGAUUGCUUGACCGGAAGGCUGUAGUAGCAUUCGACGGGAGUUCAAUACUCGGGGCACGAACGGGUAAGCAUCACAGGUAGUCGAAAGAAAAAUGUAUCCAGAGGGCUCUUGCCGCGGUCGACCGGAGUUCAAUACUCGCAGCAUCGGACGGAUGAGCUUUGCUGGUAGUUGCCACUUUGCCGGAGCAUUGCCACUCCCUCGCAUAUAGUCUUUUGAUCACAAAACAUGUAUUGAAAAAUUUAAAUCAAUAUAUUGUUUUCUGUGAAUGAGUAAGCAGAAUUAUUUUCACAUAAUUUUGAAGUAAAUAUUCUAGCCUACAAGACUGAUUACUCAAAAGUCUUAUUCAGAACUAUUUAGUGUGGGUUUUAAGGCCUUAUUUCAGCUACAUUUUUUUCCCAAAACUUACUAACCAUGCAUAAUAUUUUUUUUCUAAAAAAUGCAAACAUGUACAUCCAUCUUGGUCACAUAUUAUUGUAUAUUGUAUAUUAUUGUAGCACAGUUUGUACUGAAUACAAAAAAAAAAAAUACAUUAUUGGUCAAUAGUACGUUUUAAGUAGCUGAAAUAAGCACAAAUAUCAGGGCAUGUCAAAACAUCUCAAGGGCCCCAAAAUGACCUCAGACCCCAGAGGGUUAAAGGGCAUGCUGCCCCAUGUUAUUUCAGAAGGUCUUUGCUUUAAAGCUGUUAGGGUAUUGGGAUGUUGCUUGCUUUUAGGGCUUAUCUAGUGCUCAGUAUCAUGUUUGUUGCUAGACCUGCUUGUUGCUUUAAGCUAUUGGUUGUUACUGCAAGAGCUGGUACUUGGUUAAAUUUGCAACAGCAAGAAGCUAAUGUUUAAGUUGUUGUUUAGGCCAGAGGUCCCCAACCCCCGGGCCGCGGACCGGUCCCGGUCCGUGGGUCAUUUGGUACCGGGCCGCACAGAAAGAAUAAAUAACUUAUUUAAAAAAAAAUUUAAAAAAAAAAAAAAACUGACUGUUCUCUGCUUAUGUAAUUAGUAUGAAAUGUGCAUGUGUGUAUGAAAUGUGCAUUUCUCUCUGGCGCGUUCACUACUGCGAAGAUCGCGAGUCAGCAUCUCAACUUCAAAUUCUCUCCGUUACAUCCGUCUAUGACUCACUCUUGGCGCAUAGCAACGCUUGUUUAGGUCACGUGAUACGUUACCGCUAAAAAUAAACCCACAAGCUACCAAAAUGAGUAAGAAACAAACGUCUCUGGAAAGCUUCUUUGCGAAGGGGAAACGGCCCAGUGAGGAGACAGAAGAAGAGCCUACGACUUCCAAGAAAAAGAAAGCUGCAUUUAACAGACAAUACCAGGAGUCCUACUUGAAAUAUGGAUUUAUCGCAACAGGUGAUUUACACGCACCAAGCCCGCUCUGCAUAAUAUGUGGCAACCAGCUCUCUAAUGAGGCAAUGAAGCCUUCAAAAUUGCUUCGCCACUUGGAGACCAAGCACCCCGCAUUAAAAGACAAGCCUUUUGAGUAUUUUGAAAGAAAAAGUGUGAACAAGAAGGCCAGAAGCAAUUACUGAGGGCCACCACAUCAAUAAAUGCGAGUGCACUGAGAGCAUCAUACUUGGUGGCUAACCGUAUUGCUAAGGCUAAGAAGGCAUUCACUAUUGGUGAAGAAUUGAUCCUUCCCGCCACAAAAGACAUUUGCCGUGAACUUCUAGGAGACGCUGCGGUUAAAAAGAUAGCACAGGUGCCUCUUUCGGCUAGCACCGUCACUCGGCGCAUUGACGAAAUAGCAGAGGACAUUGAAACACAAUUGUUGGAGAGGAUAAAUACAUCACCGUGGUAUGCACUCCAGGUUGACGAGUCUACAGAUAUUGACAACAAGGCAAUACUACUUGUUUAUGUGCGAUAUCUUUAUCAGGAGGAUGUGCAUGAGGAUAUGUUAUGUGCACUAUCGUUGCCAACCAAAACCACAGCCGCAGAACUAUUCAAGUCGCUGGAUGACUAUAUAUCAGGAAAACUGAAAUGGUCAUUUUGUGUUGGCAUAUGCACAGACGGAGCUGCUGCCAUGACUGGACGGCUGUCUGGUUUAACUGCUCGGAUUAAAGAGGUUGCACCUGAAUGUGAGUCUACGCAUUGUGUAAUUCACAGGGAAAUGCUGGCUAGCUGAAAAAUGCCACCGGAACUUAACAGUGUAUUGAAUGAUGUUGUUAAAGUUAUUAACCACAUCAAAGCACACGCCCUUAACUCGCGUCUUUUCGAGCAGCUUUGUGAGGAGAUGGACGUGGAGCACAGGCGCCUUCUCUUAUACACAGAAAUAAGAUGGUUAUCCCGAGGGAGAUCGCUGGCCAGAGUGUUUGAAUUACGAGAGCCGCUGCAGAGAUUUCUCUCAGAAAAAGUCACCGCUGGCAGCACAUUUUAGUGACGAGGAAUGGGUCGCAAAACUCGCUUACUUAUGCAACAUAUUCAGCCUGCUUAAUGAACUCAAUCUGUCACUUCAGGGGAAAAUGACAACAGUCUUCAAGUUGGCUGAUAAAGUAGCUGCAUUUAAAGCCAAACUGGAUUUGUGGGGACGUCGCGUGAACAGAGGUAUAUUUGACAUGUUUCCAACAUUGGCGGGGAUUUUGGAAGAAACUGAGCCCGAGCCUUCAUUCUCCCAGCUGGUGCACGAUCACCUGUCUUCGCUUUUAAAAGAGUUUGAGCGCUACUUCCCAACCACAAAAGACCCACGGACUGCCAAGGAAUGGAUUCGUGACCCAUUUGUCAACAAACCAGGUGAAUCCAGCAUGUCUGUGCAAGAAGAAGAUCAACUGCUGGAGAUCGCAAAUGACGGCAGCCUUAAAAGUAUGUUCGAGACAACAACUCUGCCGAUGUUCUGGAUAAAAGUCAUGACAGAAUACCCUGAGAUCGCCACAACAGCACUGAAAACCCUGUUGCCAUUUCAGACAUCCUAUCUGUGUGAAGCGGGGUUUUCCGCAGUGACAGCAACCAAAACAAAACUACGGAGUAGACUGGACAUAAGCAACACACUUCGGGUGUCCUUGUCUCCCAUUAGCCCUAGAUGGGACCGUCUCGUUACAGAGAAACAGGCUCAGGGCUCCCACUGAUUCAGCGUUAUAGUGAGUUGUAUUUUUCAUGCCUUUUAUAAUUGUUUUUGUGGUGUAUCUUAUUUUGAAGGCAUGUUUUACGUUGCCAUAGCGACCAGAGAGCGUUAGGGGCAGAGAGGAUGUUACUCAUGUUAUGUUGUUGGCGCUGCUAAUAAAGUUGCGAGUAAGCCUACACAUUGGAUUCACGUUUAUUAUAAUAUUUAAAAAAUACCCCAGUUUUUAUGCUGGUCGUAUCAUUUUAUUUUGUUGUUUUUAUCCGCCACACCUUAAAGGCCGGUCCGUGAAAAUAUUGUCUGAUAUUAAUCCGGUCCGUGGCGCAAAAAAGGUUGGGGACCGCUGGUUUAGGCCAUCUGAUUGUUCUCGAAAUAUGCUUGCUGUUUCUGGCUCAUCUAGUUAUUGGGACUGCUAUUUCCUUAAGUUUCUCUGACUACUGCAACAUGCUGUGAUUAAGCAAGGAACAUGCUUGUUGCAAAGCUGUCGAGUGUAUUGGUAAGGGUUUCUGUCUUCAUUCAUGUGGGUUGUCAGAUUGAGGACACGUAACAUAACGAGCACAAUGUCAAUGGGAGACGACAAACCUGUAAACUGAUGAGUUGAUUUGAGUUAUUAUAUGCUGUUUUUAAAUGGAUGCUGAAGCUUUUAGGCCAGGUAGAACCUGCGAUCUCUCUGAACCGUUCAUUGCUCGCUUCUAUGGCUGCAGUAUGCUGUGUUUGCUGCAAAUUAGGCUGCCAAUUUUAGUGGGUUUUCUGCAUCUUUUUCAGGUAUUGCAUUAAAGGGGCUUGCUGCUCUUCUUAGCUGCUUAUAAAGAAGAACACCCCCUUCAUUGCCUUCUCCUGUAAGGGGCUGCUGCCCCAGUCUCUGCUAUUUCAGAAGGAUAUGCUUCUUUCAGAAUGCCAUCAGUUGUGGUUUGGGCGGUUCUGGCCUAUCGUUUGUGUUGGUGGGGUUAUUAUUGCUGCUCUCCCUGCUCAUUCAUGAUGGGCUGCGUGGAUGGGCAGAAACUGUUCAGUUUUUACACAGAACAGAACCAUACUGCCCAAACCAAAACUUUAUGCUAAAUAUCUAUCAUUUUAACGAUUAGUUAGUUAGUUCUGGCAGGUCACGUGAGUCAAGCUUGCAUCGGCUGAUUCUCAGUUGAUCACAUCUACCUAUAGAAAUACGACACCUAUCGCGGCAUUCCUAUAUAAGCUCUAUUCAGAAUUAAUCAGCAGUUUUUUCUGCUUACUCAGAAGCAAAUCACCCUCCUCCAUCCCCAACUCCUCCUUUCGCACAGUCAGGACUUGGCUUUCUGAUAUUCCUUGCUGAAUCAGACUUCUUUUCUUGAAUAAUGUUACACUUAAAUAUCAUUAAGUACAUUAAUGAUAUCUGCUUUGUUCUAUUCUCUAUAUAUCUAUAUAUCACCAUAUAGAUGUUUAGGUGAAACUCCUUCCGGGUCGGGAACGCUGUGCGCGUUUGGCUGCCGCUCUGUACCUGGACUGCUUUUUCUGUAUGUUUUCACCCCUCUGCUGGACUAUUUUUGUUUCAUGUACUCCACCUCUUAUUGUUGGCGCUGGUGACUGGUACUUUUAAGUUCUGCCACGGGCCGCUGCGAGCUCUCUGCCCUGUUACGUCUUCCACGGCGUCUGGUUCAUCGGCUGGGUGAGUUGCCGCUCGCUCUGUCAGUUGUGGUGUAUACUACUGCUCGCUAUUUGGGUAUGCUGCUUCCCAUUUAGUUUGCAGUUUCUGUGAUGUGACGUUCGGGCUUGGCUAAUGUGGCUUUCACUCUGGUUGGCAAUACCUGUUAGUACCAUAAUGCCUCGGGCAAUAGCUUUCCUUUUUUGCUUUGUCUCUUUCCUUUUGUCUGUAAUGGAGUUUGAAUAUACAUCAUCUCAGUUAAGAACUCUGAAUUGUCGCUCGCGCCUCGACCCGGCGAUGAAUGACUACUGUCGGCGGCUAGGGAUUCUCCGACGCCCUCGAUAUUUACAUCGCUCCCCACGUAUCUUCAUUCAUAGCUCUCGCUCUAAGCCUGAUGCUCUUCCGUGCAUCUGGUCUGACCGUCGGAAAUCAUCCAAACCAAGUGCAUCCCCUACUAACAGCUCAUUACAUCGCUCUCUGAUUCAUCUCACUGGUAAUAACUGUCAACUAACAUCGUCGUCAAAUUCAUCUGCCUCAUACUGUCACGCUGCUCUUUUGAACUGUCUUUCCAUCUCGGAUAAAGCCCCUUACCUCAACGAACUCAUAACUGACAAUACGCUUGACUUUUUGUUUCUCACAGAAACUUGGCAAGUUCCUGAUGACUUACUGCAGUUAAAUUUACUCACGCCAUAUGGAUAUAAGCAGUUGUCCAGGCCAAGACUGCAUGGUAAAGGGGGUGGUCUCGCCUGUCAUCUACCAUGAUGAUCUCCGUAUCACACAACUCGACUUCCACGACACCGAUACAUUUGAAUAUAUGGUUCUGAAGGCUGACUCUCUUACUAUCAUCCUACUCUGUCAUCCUCCUAAAGCAUUUUCAAACUUUUUUUCCCAACUUAGUGAACUGUUAUCCCUUGCCUGCUCCAUGUCUUCUCCUGUUCUCCUGCUUGGUGACUUUAAUAUACAUGUUGAUGUUGUUUUCUCUAACACCACUCAACUACUGUCUGUUUUUGAUUGCUUUAAUUUGUCUCAGCAUGUUAAUUUUCCUACUCAUUCUCAUGGUCAUAUCCUUGAUUUGAUCUGUACCUCAGGGGUUGGUAUUUGUUCCAUCUCUUCCUCUGAUACUGGUAUCUCUGAUCAUAAACUCAUAGACUUUCACUUUAGUUUGCCUAUACAUGAUAAAUCUGUAAAGACUGUUAUAUCCUACCGUAAUUGUAAUAAUGUUGAUGUCACAUCAUUUUGUUCCUCUAUUGCUUCCUCUAAUCUUUCUGAUGUUUUUGAUUUAUCUUCUCCUUCACUGAUUCUUUCAAAUUUUAACUCCAUAUUAUCUGAUAUUUUGUCUGUACAUGCUCCUGUUAAGACUAGAACUGUUCCUUCUACUCAUACUUCUCCCUGGUUUACCCCCGACCUUCACAUCCUCAAGAGCUCCGGUCAACGGCUUGAGCGUCUCUAUAGGAAAACUGGCCUCACUGUUCAUCACCAAGCCUUUCUUGAACAUCUCAAAAGUUACAAAUCUGCCUUACACUUAGCGCGCUCUAGUUUUGUUUCUGCCAUGAUUAAUAAAGCUAGUAACAGGCCAAAAGCACUAUUCGACACAGUAAAUAAACUUACCAAACCCCCACCUAAUGAUAUUCAGCUGAAUUCUGCUACUCCUUUCUAAAUCAUCUUCUAGACAAGACGGAUGCCGUCCACCAGGGCUUUUCGAACAGCACUAUCAAUUUUAACUUUGAGCCUAAUCUCUCUGGUCAUUCCCUAUCCUGCUUUUCUCUUACUAAUCCAUCCUCGGUCUCUGAGCUUAUUUCAAAAUCCAACUCCUCUUCCUGUCGACUAGACCCAGCUCCUACUUCUCUCUUAAAACAGUGUCAUUCGGUCAUUUCUGCACCUAUCUCUCAUUUCAUAAAUGCUUCGCUUGUCACUACUACUUUUCCUCAGUCACUUAAAAUCGCUGCAGUUAUCCCAGUUCUCAAAAAACCAACCAGGGUUCUGUUCUGGGGCCUUUGCUGUUUAUUAUUUACAUUUUACCACUGGGUCAGAUACUACAGCGUCACGGCUUUAGCUAUCAUUUUUAUGCUGAUGACAUUCAAAUCUACACGUCAUUCAGGCCUUCCCUAUCCACCCAAAUCAACAAAAUUUCUGUUUGCGUGCAGGAUAUUAAAACUUGGCUUAACUCUAAUUUUCUGAAACUAAAUAUGGAAAAAACAUGAGAUCAUCAUCAUUGGUACUCCAGCACUUACCACCAAAGUUCCCGCUGACUUUACUUGUGAUAUUACUGGCACUUUAAUUACUCCAUCUAGUAUCGUUAGAAAUCUCGGUGUUAUGUUUGACCCAUCUCUUUCAUCUCAGUAUCAUAUUAACUCUCUCUCUAAAUUGGCAUUUUUUCACUUACGAUGAAUAGUCCAGCUCCGUCUUUUCAUUAGUACCAAAGAUGCAGAAACUCUCAUUCACGCUUUUGUCUCAUCUCGUCUCGAUUACUGUAAUGCCCUUUUCAUUGGCUUGCCAGCUAGGCAGCUGGGGAAGUUGUGGCCUAAUGGUUAGAGAGUCGGACUUGUAAUCCACAGGUUGCGAGUUCGAGUCUCAGGCUGGCAGGAAUUGUAGGUGGGGGGAGUGAAUGUCCAGCGCUCUCUCCACCCUCAAUACCAUGACUGAGGUGCCCUUGAGCAAGGCACCGAACCCCUAACUGCUCCCCAGGCGCCACAGCAUAAAUGGCUGCCCACUGCUCCGGGUGUGUGUGUUCACUGCUGUGUGUGUGCACGUUGGAUGGGUUAAAUGCAGAGCACAAGUAUGGGUCACCAUACUUGGCCGUAUGUCACUUCACUUUCACUUACCACUAUUGCUAGAUUACAGUAUAUUCAAAACUCAGCCGCUCGUAUUCUCACUCGCACCAAGCGUUCAGCCCACAUCACCCCUAUUCUAGCUGAUCUGCACUGGCUACCAGUGGCCUAUCGUAUCACGUUUAAAAUUAUCCUGCUUACUUUUAAAGCUUUGAAUGGUCUGGCCCCUUACUAUCUUUGCAAUCUGCUCCUCCCCUAUUCUCCACCACGUUCAUUGCGGUCCUCUGAUUCUCGUCUUCUCACCAUCCCUCGAUAUCGCCUCUCUUCCAUGGGGGGCAGAUCGUUUAGUGUUGUUGCCCCUAAAUUAUGGAACUCUCUACUAGGGCUGGGAAUCGAUUCCAAAAAGAAUCCUCGAUUCCGAGGCGUUGGGAAUCGAGAGUCGAUUCCAAAUGUUGGAAUCGAUUCCAUCAAGGGAAUCGACUCCAAAAUCCAUCCCGUAGCAGAUUUAAUUUGUCAACUCAAUCACGUAGUUAACCUUGAAUAAAAAAGACUUCGAAAAUUACAAAGAUAGGUCCAGUUGUGACACACAUAAUGCCAUCAGAAACUUCUACAAACGUAAUGUUAUGGUUUAUGGUAGGAUAAGGAGUUUUUAGUAUUUAUUUCAGCAUUGCGUAGGAAAUUCUCACUGAUACUGACAUGACCAAUGAAAUCUUUAGAAUCGGUUGCUGGGCGGGAUUUGCUCUUAACUGGUUGUGGUUAGGAAAAGAAAUCUGAUCUCUCUGUCAUCAUUCAUCACACGAAGAAGAAUGCCGCCAAGGUCAACAUCAGCAGUCUGGUGAUAUUUUACUUAAGAAUCAACAAAAAAUGAAGUUAAAUGCCAAAUUUGCGAUAAAAAGUUAGCAUAUAAUAAAACAACAUCACCAAUGAUUAAACAUCUUAGGGCUGUCCAGAAAAAGGAGGUGACAGAGGAGGAUCAGGUAACAAUUAACGUUAGCUAAUCUGAUGCACCAUUUUAAAUCAGAUUUGGGAUAGUUCACCCAUGAAAAUUUGAUUACUCACCUUAAGGCCAUCCACCAUAAACGCACAUCAAGGAGCACAAAAUUAAUAUCCGUGGCUCCUGGAGUUAUAUUUUUACAGCGAAAUCAGAUUAUUUUCCGCGAACUGAUUCAGUUCGUUUCAAUGAACUGGUUCAAUUAACAAUUUCGUUUAGUAAUCACGCAAUGACGUAACUAAUAUGCAGUUAUAUUAUUAAAUCACCCAAUAAUAAUGCGAACUGUUUCAGAAGUUUCAGUCCGAUUUGGUGAACUGAUUCACUUAGUUCCCCAAAAGAACCGGUUAAAAAAAGCUUAAUUCGUGAACCUGACAUCAUUCUAGACUGUUUGCCUGAGAAGCUAUGGAUUAGGCCUACAUGUAAUAAUGUUGUAACUAAUGUUCACUUUCUUGCACAGAUGGCCAGUUUUGGUGUAUAAGACCUCAAUAUAUUGUCAGUAUAGCAGUGCUGGGCUGUAACUAGUUACAGUAAUGAUAUUACUUUAUAUUAUUUAUGGGGAAUAUACAAAAUUACAACUUCUUUGUGGCAUGAAAGAAAAGUAAAAUAACUAGUGUAACUUAUUCCUGUUGCCAGAAAGUAAUAAGUAAAGUAAUAAUAUUACUUACUUUUGAAAGGAGUAAUUCGUAAUGAGUAAUAUAUUAUAUUUUUUGCGUAACUAGCACAACACUGGUCAGGAGUCACAGGCAUUCAUUUGUGUUCUCAAAAACCAGUAGCUGCUGAUAUGCAUUUUAUGAAGCACCAAGGACCAAGGUUUCAGCUAAAAAGAAUUCUUUACUGUUCUACCGAAGAAAAAAGUCAGUUACAUCUUGGAUGGCCUGUGGGUGAGUAAAUUAACAGUAAAUUUACAUUUUUGGGUGGACUUAAGCAGAUUAAUUUGAAGAUUUAAAAGACAGAUUUAGGUAGCCUUAUUAACUCUGGAGGGAUUUCAUUUUUCCAAAUCGCUAUUCCCUGGGAAAAAAAAAAAGGAUGAGGAGGGAGCAACUCCGCCUGCCUCGAAGAAGUUUUUGGUUCAGACAUCAAUUGAACAACAGUUUGGUGCCAAGAUUCCGUACCCUGGUAAGUGUAUAAAUCAAAUGAUACAGUAGUAGUUAGUGUUGUCAAAAGACCCGGUACUUCGGUACCAAGUCGGUACUAAAAAAGUGAAAAUGUCACGGUACCAGGUUUUUUUAAGUACCGGUGGUACCGAGUACCCGGUCAACCCGGUUCUUGACGCCAGACGUUCGAUGAUUUCCGCGAUGCAGAAAACGCGGACGGAAUCUCGGAAUCCAGUUAUAAAAACGGAAUUUACAGUUUAGCACGGAAUGUCACGGAAUUUGUCAAAGUUUGGAUGAAUGAAUCAAAAGUAGGUCAUUGCACUUAAAUCAAGUCGCGACGUGGAUUAGUAUCUGUAAAUAUCAAGCCGCAAAAGUCGAUUCAAAUAUGAAUCCCGCAUGUUCUGCGAGUCUCUGUGUGAGUGAAUGAAUGGCAGAGACGCGCGUUUUUUUUCUUUUUUUUACUACAUACACUGAAGCGCGCAUGACGCUCGCGGUGAUUCAACAUCUGCCGUCUCAAUGAGGACAUAAAUACAUAAACAACAUCUACAGAACUGCUCUGAGAGUCCCCUCGCGAGCAUUUUACCGUUUCAUUGAGUAAAACCAGCGUCAUAUCAUAUAGCUACACACAGAAAUGUAAAGGUAUUCACGGCAACCCGUCAAAAUAAAAGUUAAUCUUAAAGACAUUGUGCCAGAAAUAUAAUUUUAUAUAUAUAUAUAAUUUAUUUAUUUUUUUUUAAAAAGAAGUCACAAUAUUUCUUCCAUAUUUUAAUUUUAAUAGUAAAUCCCCUUUAUUUACCAAAACAAUAUAAUGUGUUUAAAUUUAAUUAAAAGACAAAUUAAAUUUGGGUGAAACUUGUUUACUGUUUUUCAUACUUUUAUUACUUGCGGAAAAAGUUGAAACACAAUUUAAAUAAAGUAUAAAGAAUGGCAUUGAUUUUUGUACAUUUUUAUUUUUGUUUGACUUUAUUAAAAAUAGUGUGUUUUUUUUAAUUAGCAUGUGGUACCGAAAUUGGUACCGAGAACCGUGGAUUUUGACUGGUAUCAGUACCGAAUACUGAAAUUUUGGUACCGUGACAACACUAGUAGUAGUCUAAAUGAUGUAGGGUGUGCAAUAUUGACAAAAAAGGAUAUCUCAAUAUUUUCUGGGAUUUUAUCAAUAACGAUAAUUAGACAAUAUUUUGCUGAGUGUUAUUGUGCUGAUAUCUUAAGGACUACCGUGGACAGAUGACUCCUGGAUUUUUUGAUAUUCUUCAUAUUCGUGGUCAGUUCAUAGCAAUGAUAGAAAUGAAUCUUUUACAAUAAGUUUUAAUAUAUUUUUACCUUUAUGAGCAUUUUUACCUUUAUAAAGCAAUUAUUUCUAAAAGUAUGCAUCAUCUUUUGAGUCAAAUUCUUACAUUUAUCCAGUUAGUUAGAAUAAGAAGACAUUUGGGCUGUUACCAAGCAAAUGAAAUCAGUAUAAACAAAAUUCAUCUUUGCAAUGCAGAGGAAACACAGAAGAUGCAUCUGAAGUGGCAUUUAGAUGCAUUUACUCACUGUUUAAUGCAGCUUGAAGGGACAUGAAAUGCUUUAACCUGCAGUACGUUACAAAUACAUACAUAAUGUUUUGAUAUGUUUUUUUUACAUUAAACGUGGAAUAUUGAUAUUUGAAAUUAUUUAAAAAUGAAAAGAUACUUUAAAUGUGAAAUUAAACCCACCAGUAGAUGGCAGCAAGUCACUGUUAAUAAAUGAGUCAUUGCGAUUGAACCGAAUCAUUUAAACAGUUGAUUCAUUUAGGAACGAAACACCUUCAUGUUGCUCAGAGACGCAAAACAGUGCUGUAGCUGUGUUGGAAUUAUUUUUGUUGGCGAAAUAGAACAAAAGCAGGAAAUAUGGUGUCUAAAACGUAAGUGUCUUAAUAUAAACUAAUUGUUUGAACUGUUGUAUAAAAUCAAUAUCACAUUUAAAAUCAUGCUAAUUUUUGGAUAAAAAAGGCACUCUAGCUUCGUGUGAUAUUGAUUAACUAUAUGAAAUUAUAUAAAUAUAUACAUUUUCUGACCCCAUGUCUUCAAUUAUGUGAUCAUUGUAAAAGCAUUUUUAAUAGACUGAACCAUGCAGUGAUAGAACGCACUAGUUUAACCUUACUAGACUUCAUCACGUAAUGUUUGCCUGCGGUGUGGAUUUGUUUUGUUUGCUUUUCGCGAUAUACUUGAUAAUAUCAAAUCGCACAUCGUUAAAACAACAAUUAUGAUAUUAUCGCAGACGAUAUCGCACACCCCUAGCUGUAGCAAUGCGAGUCUUAGUUGGUUAGUUAGGGUUAUUUUGUUUUUCAAGACUUUUUAAAAAUGUAUUUCCUUUAUCUGCCUCAUUUUAUUAUUGUUCUUUCAUUGCAGCUCAUAGUCUUCCCAAACAAAAAAUUUAUCAAAAGCUAAUCGAGUUUAUAGUUAAGGACAUGCAUCUGUUGUGGAAGAUGGUUUUCGAGCACUGGUGAACACACUGGACCCAAAGUACAGAAUUCCUUAUCCAGGAAAGAUAUAAAAAAAGAGAAGCAAGCUCUGAAGGACCAGCUCACUGUACGUCCGAGUAACUAAUUUUAUUUUCCUAUUUGCCAUUAUUUCCCUUCUAUUUCAAUAUGCUGUGUUGUUUUCUUCUUUUCAAAAUGCAAAAUGUUAAAUUAAUGUAUUUAUAAUUUGAUUAAUCUUGUAUUAAUCACCAUAUACUGAACAAUGUAGAUGGCAAUUAAUUAUUUGUUAAUAUGACAAAUAUCAGUGACAGUCCAUUAUAUUACACAUGACUUGGUCCAUAAUUUUUAAAUCAUUUUGACCAAAAAACAUUUUUUAUUCAUAAAAGUAAAAGGAAAGUAUCAUAACCAUUUUAAUGAUUAUUAUGAUUGUUUCAUCGGUAACACUUUACAAUAAGGUGUCAUUUGUUAACAUUAGUUAAUGUAUUAACUAACAUGAACAAACAAUGAACACUGCAUUUAUUACACUUUUUAUUAAUCUUUGUUAAUGUUAAUUAAUGAAAAUAUAGUUGUUCAUUGUUUAUUCAUGUUAGUUCACAGUGCAUUAACUAAUGUUAACAAACACAACUUGUGAUUUUAAUAAUGCAUUAGUAAAUGCUGAAAUUAACAUUAACUAAGAUUAAUAAAUGCUGUAGAAGUACUGUUCAUUCUUAGUUCAUGUUUACUAAUGUUGUUAAUUAAUGUUAACUAAUGAACCUUAUUGUAAAGUGUUACCGUUUCAUCAUUUAAUCAUUUAUGGAGACAUUAUAAACAUAAAUAUAAUUUAUAUAAAUAUAUAAGUUCUGGAACAAAGUGUCUCAAAAUGAUGGAACGGGUUAAAUAAUGACAUAUCUUUACAUUAAUUUAUUUUCAGGCUGUACAAAGUGUUUGUCUUACAACAGACCUAUGGACAUCUGUUGCCAUGGAAUCAUAUAUUUCUGUGACAGCACAUUAUAUUACUGAUGAUUUCUCACUAGAGUCCAAAUUACUGGAGGUUGAAAGGUAAGAUUAUUUUUUAUUUUUUUGCAUGUGUAAAUUUGCAGGGAGAGUUCAGAUAUAAACACAGUGUCUCAUUAGGCAAUGCUUUUAUUCUUUCUUUCUUCGUUAAUGUUUUCUUUUGUUUUAAUUAAAAUUAUAUAAUUUCAUAUAUAGUAUACUAGGGAAUAGAUCUGGUAGCUUCACUAAUUAUGAUGUCAUGAGCGAUCCAGUUCUCUAUAUAGAUUAGUGGGUGGGACUAUCUUUAGUACAAUUGUUGGCAGAUUGGAAGUAGUUUUUUAGUAGUUAAUUGAAGUCGUUUUGAAAACUUAAUAUUUUUUGUAAAAUUUCAUUUGGUGAUGCUAGUCUUCAGAUUUAACAGUCAAGUAACUAGGUGCAUAAUGAGCUCAUCUAAGUAUUAUUUCUUUUUUGGAUUUGAAGGAAGACACACAGCAGAUGGCAUAGCCACCCACCUCCGCAGUAUUCUAUUGGAGUGGGGACUUCAGGACAAAGUUUUUUGCGUUACAACGGACAAGGGUGCAAAUGUGGUUCCAGCUGUGAAGAAAAUGAACCUGAGACAUCUGCCAUGUUUUGCGCACACUCUUAAUCUCAUCGUCAAAGACAGUCUUGCUGCAGUCCCUGAGCUAGAUGAUUUGAGAUCCAGAGUGAGGAGAGUGGUUGGAUUUUUUAGAUCCAGCUGCACAGCAAAAGAAAAGCUUGAAAGCUUGCAGAAAGACCUGAAAAUGCCCCAGCUUCGUCGUCUUCAAGAAGUAGAAACUCGAUGGAAUUCCACCUAUUUGAUGUUCGAAAGAUUUUUUAACCUCCGGGAACCCCUAUCUGCAGCUAUGAGCAACAUGGACCUGCCCAUGUUUUUCCCCCAGGACUGGACUGCAAUGGCUGAUGCCAUUGAGGUCCUGAAACCAUUCCUGGAAGUGACCGUGGAGAUGUCUGCUGAAAGUCAUGUCACAUCCUCCAAGUUAAUUAUUUUAGUACGCAACCUGCAGAAACUGACAACAAGUAUGGCCAACAGUUAUGCACCAGAGUCUGUUGGUCAGAGGCUAGCUAGCACUCUAAACAAGCAUCUGACCAAAAGGUGUGGAGACUACGAAUCAACAAGGUUUGUAUAGAUUAAAUCACAGGAUAUAUCUCUGUAUACAAUUAAUUUAUAACUCAGUUUGUUUGAUUAUUAUUGCCACAUGUACAACUUUUAGAUAUCUCGCAGUAUCGAUACUUUUAAAAAAGUAGCCUUUGCCAUGGAGACAAAUGCAGAGAUGGCUGUUCGAGCGUUAACAUCCGAAGCCAGCCAACUGAAUGCUGUGGAAUGCCACCCAGAGGCAACAACUUCAGAUGCACCACUCACACAACAACAAACCAGGGCUAGUUAUGUGUGGUCUGAUUUUGAUUUGAAGGUUAGAUUUACUCAUCAGAUUCUUGGAAAUACUGUAAGCAUUAAUAAAUGUGACCCUGGACCACAAAACCAGUCAUAUAGCACGGGUAUAUUUGUAGCAAUAGCCAAAAAUACAUUGUAUGGGUCAAAAUUAUCAAUUUUUCUUUUAUGCCAAAAAUCAUUAGGAUAUUAAGUAAAGAUCAUGUUCUAUGAAGAUAUUUUGUAAAUUUCCUACUGUAAAUAUAUCAAAACUUCAUUUUUGAUUAGUAAUAUGCAUUUCUAAGAAUUCAUUUGGACAACUUUAAAGGCGAUUUUCUCAAUAUUUAGAUUUUUUUGCACCCUCAGAUUCCAGAUUUUCAAAUAGUUGUAUCUCAGCCAAAUAUUGUCCGAUCCUAACAAACCAUACAUCAAUGGAAAGCGUAUUUAUUCAGCUUUCAGAUUAUUUAUAAAUCUCAAUUUCAGAAUAUUGACCCUUAUGACUGUGGUCCAUGGUCACAAAUAAGAAAAUGGUUGAAUUUUUUUUUUUUUUUUUUUGUCCCUUCCAGGUCGAGGGACCUAGUUGGCCAGAUUUUUUUUUUGUUACUCGCACACCUUUAAAAACAAACAAACACAAUGGAGACUGAGGCUGUCAGUGUCUUUUACUGUGUUACUUUGAAGAAAAUACUCCACUGAUCUCAAUAUCUGUCUCUCUCUGUAUGUCUGUCUCGCUCUCUCUCACAGGUGAGUCAGCAAAAAAACAACAACAUGGAUAUCAUCUCUGAAGUGAAAAUGUACCUCUGCCAGCCAAAUGUCAACAGAAUGUCUUUACCAUUGUACUUCUGGCACGAACAAGGACAAAGGUUCCCAAACUUGCAGAC